CGCAAGCGAGUGAGAAAGAAACAGGCGCGAAUGGCGUCGAGCGUGCGAGCGGGACCCCCUACAGCUCGCCGCACUGGUUCCGAAAUGAGCAGACGCUGCCUGAACGCCGGAAAAGUGAGACGGAGACGAGUUCGCUGAAUUGACAUUACCACACCACCACACAAGCAUUCUGACAAGUACCGUUUCCCCAUCGUGUGUGCAGCAGCGCCCUGCGAGAUUUUUGCGACCAAUUUUGCCCGAAAUGCAUUUCUAAAAACCUGCAUUUCCGAUCGAAGAAGCAUUCCGCAAGCAUUGUCCGCCGUGGUGUGAUGUAAAUUCGGCACCGAAGCUGACCUGGUGCGUCCCGACAGCCAGGUGCGUCGUCGCUGCAGCGUGAUAUAGCGCGCGCGCCGCGCUUGCCCCCGUUUUUCGGCGUUUUUUUUAUUUCAAUUUUAUUCUUCCUUCGCUGCCGACGGUGUGCGUUUCCCUGUUUCCAGCUUCUGUGUGUGUCGUCCGUCGGUGGCCUCACCAGAACCACGGCAGACAGAGUCGGACAACGGCUGUCAGCUCUCUCCCUGUGUGUGUGCGUGUGUAUGCUUGUGUAUAGUUCGCGUGCGUGUGUGUGUGCAUCCUAAUGUGAUCCUGCGUUUUUUGUUGUUGUGUGUGUUGCACUCGGUUGGUCGGUUUUUUCGCAAAUGAAGAUGUUUCCCGAGACGCUCAUAUCGCGCCUGAAGCAGUUGCUGACGGGCGGUGGCGGUAGUGGCGGCAGCACCGACGGCAACGAUCCGCCAGUGGAAGAGUCAAUAGUGAGCAAUCACCACCAUCACCAACACAACAGUAGCAGCGGCAACAACAGCAGUAGUAGGCCACUGCUGCAGCAGAACGGCGCGCACGGGGGGCUUUCCAGCACGAUGGCGAACGCACGGCGGCUCAGCGAAAUCACCGACAUGCCGCCGGUGAACCACCAGCACGUCCCGUACGUUCCCACGCUCGGCUUGGUGCAGCGGAACACACUUCCGGGUGUCGUCGGUAGCAGCCGAAGCAGCAUCAUCGGAACCGGUGGCGGCAACAGCAGCAACAGGAGCAGCACCGUCAUCCACGAUCGGUUCGGUGCAUCAGCGCUGCGUCCGCUCGGGCGAAGAAACAACAAUGGGCCUCCGCCGAGCUUGAUCCCAAUCAAGUACGCUACGGCACGGCCAUCGAUCGGUAGCCAGGGUAACGGCGGUACCAGCAGACCGUUCGCGGGGGGACUGUUCCGGCAGCAGCAUCAGCACAUCCCGGCCGCAGUUCCACGUCCCUCCGAACCCGGCAACGUGUCCCUGCUGGCGACGGAUUUCAGCAACCUGCUCCGCUCCAAGAACAGCGUGACGCCGUCGACCGGGUCCGACGGUACGGGGGCAGCACUGGACCGCGAUCUGAGCGUGCAGCGCGAGGUGCGACGGAAGUACGAAGCGUUGAUGCAAAAGUUCAUCCCGAUCGCGAACAAUCCCCCGGCACUGGGGGCGUACGAGCGGUACACGCGCAAACCCAUCAACGGAGAUGCGGUGCAGCGACCAGAAGCGACAGAAGCGGAGAAGAAGCACAGCGCCCCGCUGGAACUGACGGACGAUGAAGAGGAGCAUGUGCAGGAUGUGAGCGAUGCCAGCGAUGACUGUGUGGAGGUGACGAGCAAAUCGGCCGGCCGCCUGUUUACCACGAUCGAUCCGCACCAGCUGAGCGCCGCGCAGGAACGGGAGGCGGAGGAGCAAUCGGCAGCGGCGGCGGCCGCCGCCCUCCUGCCCGAGCCGGUCAACUCCGUCCGGGCGCGGUUCGAGACGAAGCACGUGUUCCGGGACGACAUCAUACAGGACGUGCAGGCGCGGUACGGCAGCCUGUUCAGCCAGCGCAAGUCGCUGAUCGAGCAGGAGCGGCACCGGCUCGGCAGCCUGCGCCAGUGCACGCAGCAGCAGGAGACGGAGGCGCGCAACAAGCUGCACCACUACGUCUGCUCGUUCUACAAGUUCGACGUGCUGGACGAGUCCGAGCUGAAGGAGGGUACGCCCGAGCCGGAGGUGGUGCCGCUGCCCGAGCUGACCCGGGAGCAGCUGGACGAGAUGCAGCGCAAGCUGCGCACCGGCCACCAGGUGGUGAUGGAGAAGUUCAACCUGCGCAUCACCGGCAACGAUCUCGUCACGCUGCAGGACAUGAACUGGCUGAACGAUGCGGUGAUCAACUUCUACAUGGAGCUGCUGCGCGAGCGGGGCGAGCAGAAGCGCGACCAGGGCCUGCCGAAGGUGUACACGAUGAACACGUUCUUUCUGCCCCAGCUGCUGAAGAUGGGCUACGGCGGGGUGCGGCGCUGGACGCGCAAGGUCGACCUGCUGGCGCACGAUAUGAUCGUGGUGCCGGUGCACGUCGGCGGCAUCCACUGGUGCAUGGCGACGAUCGAUCUGCGGCGCAAGACGAUCCACUACUACGACUCGAUGGGUUCGCCCAACAACGCGGUGCUCAAUGCGCUCGAGCAGUAUCUGUGCGAGGAGUCGCUGGACAAGCGCAAGGCACCGUUCGACAAGACCGGGCUGACGAAGCAGAACAUGCGCGACUGUCCGCGGCAGAAGAACGGCAGCGACUGCGGUGUGUUCAGCUGCAUGUUUGCGGAGUUUCUGUCGCGCGACCACCCGAUCACGUUCGACCAGUCGAACAUGCCGUACUUCCGCAAGAAGAUGACGGUCGAAAUCAUGCUCGGCAAGCUGCUGACGUAAGUGUGUGCAGGGGAAAACCGGGAGAAAGUAAUGGAACAAUGGAACAGGAAAAACCGCGGCAAACCUAAUAAACCAACCAAGCUGAUGAUAUA